CCUCGAGAGCCGCUUCUUUGGGCCCCAGGCCUCAUUUUCCUGCCUCUCCUCCUGUGCUCUCUGCGCUGCUCCUCUGGACUCCCUGCGUGGUUCCAGUCCAUCAGUUUGCCCCUCCUCCUCUGCAUGGUGUCUCUUUAGUGGGGUAGGAUCCCCUCGGAGCACGUCCCCAUCCUCUCCAUCCUUUCUCCCUGAGGAUUUCACUCCACUGUUUUCUGGGUGUCUCCACCUGUGCUCAGAUUUUUGGGUCCUGUCGUUUUGCAUUCCAGCCUGGUGUGUGCCAUCUUCUCCGUUUGGCCCGACCCAUUUGUGUGUUCCUCUGUCAGCCUUCAUUCCCCCUUCCUGUGUCCCAUCUUCUGUGGGUCUUAGCCCCUUUGUUUGCCACAGACUCCUGUGUUACGGAGCCUGCGUGCCCGGCAUUCGGGACAGGAAAGGGUGGCAGAAGUGACCUCUAGCUGGACCGCUGUGCGGGGGAGCAGUACUAGACGAAGUUGGAAAGAAACAGUGACCCAGAGACAAGUGAACAGAGGAUUCAGAAACUGACGAGAACUGAGCUUGAUACCUGGAUUGAAAUUGGUUCCAGAUUGACCUUUAGCAUCCAGGCACCCAGACCCAGGACCAUGGGACCCCAGCACUUGAGCGCUGUGCAGCUGCUCUGCCUCCUAGGGGCCGUCUGCGCUCUGCCUUGGGCUGGGGCUCUUUUGUGCUACGAAGCAACAUCCUCACUCUUCAGAGCUGUCUCGCUCCAUAACUGGAAAUGGCUUCUGAUGAGGAGCAUGGUGUGUAAGCUGAGUGAGGGCUGUGAGGAGACGCUGGUGUUCAUCGAGGCCGGUGAAGGGUCCAGAAGGGGAGUUGUGGGUUUUAAGGGCUGCAGCCCAGCCUCAUCGUACCCCCCGCAAGUCUCCUACCUCGUUUCACCGCCUGGAUUGUCCAUUGCCUCCUACAGCCGCGUCUGCCGGUCAUAUCUCUGCAAUAACCUCACCAACUUGGAUCCUUUUGUGAAACUCAAGGCCAACGCUCCUAGGUCAACAGCAUUUUCUUCCCGUAGUUGCCCAACCUGUGUGGGCGAACAUUCUAAGGAUUGCCUCCCAAAUUUUGUCACCACGGAUUCUUGCCCCUAUGACGCUUCUCAGUGCUACAGUUCUACCUUAAAAUUUCAGGCAGGGUUUCUCAAUGCCACCUUCCUCCUCAUGGGCUGUGCUCGUGGACAUCAGAAACUUCUGGCAGAUUUUCACCAUAUUGGAACCAUCAGAGUGACCGAGGUCCUCAAUGUCUUAGAGAGGGCCCAGAUUGCUGGUGCAGAGCCCUCCAGUCAGAGUCCUGCUUGGGGCAUCCUCUCAGGGCUUCUGCUUGCCUUCAGGGACUGACAGUCUGGCUGGACUGUACAAACCCCUUCCCAUAAUCCAAUAAAGUCACAGAGUUGCCUUUC